UACUUAGCCUAAUCAAAUAGGGUGUUGAUAUGGACGCCAGUUGUUGGUGACACAAAAAAACGACUGUCAACAUUGAAUAUUUUGUCGUCCGCUGCUCUCUUGUGGGGCUAAAUUUAGGACAAGAAGCCUGUUAAAUUUGUCUAGGGGUUGAGAUCGAAACAACCAACAAUGUCAAGGACUCAGAAACAGCCGAGUUAUCUUGGGAGGCCGGUACAGAAGAAGACAAUCGGAGACCGUGUGGUGAGGUUUAGGACUGCUCUAUCCAACACUAUCCUGGAUGUGCUCAAGGGGAGAGGAUGGCAGGAGGUCCAGGGGGACAUGGAGUGGGACUUCUACUGGUGUGAUGUGGGCUGGAUGCGAGAAGUGUUUGAUCACUACUACAUGGAGGAACACUGUCGUAUUAACCACUUCAGGAACCACUAUGAGCUGACACGAAAGAAUCUGAUGGUGAAAAAUCUGAAGAAGUUCCGGAAGCAGGUGGAGAGGGAGCAGGGCAAACUAGAGGCCUCCAAAUGUGAUUUCUUCCCUACAACAUUUGAACUACCAUCGGAGUACCACAUGUUUGUUGAAGAGUUCAAAAGAAACCUGGGGAGCCUGUGGAUCAUGAAACCUAUUGCUAAGGCUCAAGGCAAAGGCAUAUUCCUCUUUAGAAAGCUGAAAGACAUCACAGACUGGAAAAAGGAAAGCUAUAAGUCUCAGGAGGAGAGAAGAAAUGAUGACAAGGAGCCAGUUGAGACGUACAUCGUACAGAAGUACAUCGAGAACCCGUAUCUCAUCGGGGGCAAGAAGUUUGACCUCAGGGUGUAUGUCCUCGUCACUUCUUACAUCCCCCUGAAGGCUUGGCUGUACAGAGAAGGGUUUGCCCGGUUUUCCAACACCAGAUACUCCCUGGACUCCAUUGAUGACACCUACAUCCAUCUGACCAAUGUGGCUGUUCAGAAGACUGCACCUGACUAUGAUCCAGAGAAGGGCUGUAAGUGGUCACUGAACCAGCUGAGACAGUACCUUAUAGCAAGACAUGGGAUAGAGGCGGUGGAAGACAUGCUGAAGAAGAUGGAUGACAUCUUUAUCUACAGUCUUCUGUGUGUGCAGAAGAUCAUGAUCAACGACAAGCACUGCUUCGAGCUGUACGGCUACGACAUCAUGCUGGAUGACAAGCUGAAACCGUGGCUGAUUGAGACGAACGCCUCUCCCUCGCUCACGGCCAGUAACCAGGAGGAUUACGAGCUGAAGUGUCGUCUCCUGGAGGAUACGCUAAAUGUCGUGGACAUGGAGGGACGACUGACAGGGAAGGAGAAGAGGAUUGGUGGGUAUGACUUGAUGUGGAAUGACGGCCCAGUGACACUAGAAGAGGGUGGUCUGGACUGCAUGUCUGCUCCAACAUACACCACUAACACACAUCUAGGUUGUUUCAAUGACAGAGAGAAGCAGCUGAAGCAACUGUUCCGGUCCUUACAGAUGGCGAAGAAGACCACAACUGUAUAAACUAUAGUUUAUAAGACUUAGUCUACUGCAAUGUAAUAGGGUGUUUGCACUCAUGUGAAUAACUUACUAGGUAAUUUUGAUUUGUAAUUAGUUCCAUGAUUAUGACACCAUGUAUAAAUUUAUAGGCCAGUGUUCUAGCUAGCUAGAAAUUUUUUACAUCAUCUCAACUUUGUUUGACGGAGGUGUGACAAUCCAGGAAAAUUUAGAAAUGCUGUUUCCUGUAUUUUGAGGGCCAUAUUUUUCUGGUAGACUAAGCUUAGUUCAAUGCAAUCUUUCCAAUCCUAAAAUGCCAUUUUUUUCUCCAUAUCAGAGAUGACCAAUCAUGACCAGAGAAAUUCUGAUAAAUGAGGGGAAAACAGAUGCUGGCUAGAACACUGGGUCUUACUACUAGGUGUAGGUUUAACCAUCUCUUUUUGCUACCUCCAUGGUUUAACCAACAGGACAGGCCAAGAUUAGGAAGCUAGUGUUAGCUAGUAUUAGGCAUCUUUAUUUAUAGAUGUUGUACAUAUAUGUGAUUAUGUUUCUGUAUAUUUGCGCAAAUUGCAACUUGUUCUAUGUAACACGACUGUCUGUUAAUACUUUGAUUCCUUCCAUUUUCACAAUAUGUACAUUUACUUUACACACUUAUUCAUUGCUUCAAAUAUACAGAUGAUGUGAGUGGAGAUUAAAAGAAACUAAACACUG